AUGACGUCGGAGGAUUUCAGCUGCCUGGAAUGCCCGCGUCAGCUCUUCUCACUGGAGUUGCUGACAUUUUCAUCAAGUGAGCACUACGUCCCAAUUGAGCCCAUUCGAAUCCCGUUCAUUGCAGCUGAUGGCGGGUUGGUGGUGGCUCCUCGCCUGAAAGAGUUUGUCGCAUGUUGCAACUUCAGUAGCACGACGGCUGUCAACUGGCUCGUAGGAACAAGCUACUUCUGCGCCUUCGUCCCCUCAGUCAACAUUGCCUUCAAUGACAGCCUGAGCCAAAUGUACUUGGGCGUCUUGGCUGAAUCGAAGUUUCAUGGUACGUUCUCCAAUGACAGGGCCCAUUUUUGGCAUAAGGGGCCCUCGGGUAAGCUGGUUGCAGUUGUCUCUGUCUUCCGGGGGUCCUCUCCGAAUCCUUGCCAAGCCAUGGCGCAAGCUCAGACGCCGCUGACGAUGGCCGGGCGCGAGCUGAUGCGAAACCGCAUCAUCUCCCAGAGCGAGGCCGAAGACUUGGCUGUGGGGAAACCUGGGGAAGAUCUCCCAGUUUGGCUCGAGAGCACGGACUGGCGCUUAAAGCUUGGCGCUGCCUCUGCUCUGAGCCUCAAGGGUGCUCCGCAGUUGGCCGGUGCUCCCGAGAUCAGGGCCGCACUCGAAUCCUCGGACGAGUCUGCCCGGCAGCUCAUUCGAAGGACCCUUGCCGCCUCAGCGGAAGCUGCGGAAGCUGGUGCAAUAGGUGAAGACAAGCGAGUCCUGCAGUUGUUGCAAAGUGAUGACUGGAGGCUGCGAAAAGGUGCUCUUGAUGCACUGCAGAGACAGGAGGCCCCAUCUUCCGAUCUGACUCCAGCUGUUGCAGACAUAUGUGUCUGUGAUCCACACGCUGAAGUAAGGGCUGCUGCAAGGGGUGCUCUAAAAAGAUAUGCUUGCGAAGAGGUUGCCGCAGCGCUGAGUGCUUCACUAAGCACUGCAACAGCCAGUCAAGACAUGCGGCCAAACACAGAUUUGAGGGUCGCCGAGGACCUCCUGCUUGAGCUUCUGGGGAGUGCGGAGAGUGCGCUUUCGAAGGUCCCGGGCUCUGCGUACUUCGCAGAUCUCGUGCAGCAGGCCCAGCAGAAAGCACACGAAGUAGCUAGAUGGCAGCAAGAGCAGGAGGAGAAGGAGCGAGAACUUCAGGAUCAACAGAAUGAGCUGCAGAAGAUGCAGCUGCAAUGGUUGGAUCUGCUGCCAGACAAACAGAUCACCGAGAUAGAGCACUCCCGGCAGGCCUUAGAAUCCACGAGCCGGCACGAGGCUCAGGCGCUCAAGCGGCGGGCAAGACGACGGAUGCGCGAUUCCUUGGCCUUCGCUGCUGAAGUCAAUGCAGGGUCAGGAUCAGUCAGCCAGAAGCAGCCCGGUCUUCACGACUUCUGGGUUGAGCAAUCUGCCGCUCGCUUAAAGGAGGCAGAGGACAUGAGCUUGCUGCCGCGAGAGGACUUGCUGGAACAGUCUCCGAAGCUGUUGGAAUGGAUGGCCGACAAAAACACGGACGGAAUCUCUUCCCACCUGAAAAGGGUGGCUGCAGAGCUCACGGGCAAACUGGAGACUCUUGCCAAGCCGGAACAUCACAGAGCCCUGUGCCUGCUCACGACCGCUCACGAUGCUCGGCUGCGCACACUGGCCGUUCAGGCACUCGGAAGGCUGAGAUCUAUCGAUUCUGCGGCUGACGUGGCCAAGCUGCUGGCGGAUUCAGACCCCUCUGUGCGCAAGGCAGCGGGUGCAGCACUUGCAAGCUUAGGGCUGAACAUGGGAAACGGGGCCCAAGCCGCUGCCAGUGCUGUGGCCCAUGCAGCGCAACAGCUCUGCAGCACGGACGCGGAUGCCCGCAAGGUUGCAGAACGCACGCUGUUGGACUUCAAGGUCAGCAAUGGGGAAGAGAGUCACAAGGAAGGCGUUCUUCGACUUCAGGCCCUGAUCCCUCAUCUGGAGCCACUUCUCCAAUCGGAGCUUGCUGAUACCCGGUGCGCCGUGGCUUCGGUCAUACACCGUCUCAGAAAGCAGGCAGAGCCAGUGCGGUCACUGACCGAUGCCUCAGCAAGUGCUGCGCCAGAAGCUGUCCUGGCUUGGCUGAGCGUCCUCGAUGACCCUUGCGAAGAAACACGCGUGGCAGCAAUGCGAAAGUUGAAGGAGGAGCAAGCACUAUCACUUACAGAGCCUUCUGCCGUGAAGCUGGCUCGAUCCUUGGGAGACGCCUCUGAAGCUGUACGCAAGAUGGCAGUAGAGGUGGUUGGUGCUUUGCGCGGGCCGUCCGCUGCAGCUGCCAGUGAGGUUGUGACGGAGUUAUUGCAGCAUAAGCUUCAGUGUGUCAGGCGAGCAGCUGCGGCCACAAUGGAACGCUUGGGCACGGAAUCAGCUGCGCAACACCUGGCGCUGCUCGCAGACGAGGAUCCAACCCUCCGCUGCAAUGCAACGGAGGCACUGUCAAAGCCGGAGGUACUGAAGCAGCUUGGUGACAAGGACUUGACAUUCCUUCUAUCCCUCAGCAUUGAUCCACAUUGGGCAGUCCGGCUGGCGGUGGCUAAGUGCCUGUGUGCCUUGAGCCCUGAUUGCUUGCAGAAGCAUUACAAGCAUGCCGUGCUCCUCGCUGCAGACGCUGACUGGCGAGUGAUGCGCUGCGCUCGAAAGGCUGUUAACGUAGAUGAGGUCAAAACAGUCAAGAGGUUGGCCUGGAAACUGCCCAUACGUAGACGAAUGUUUGAUCUGCUGAGGAUCUGUUCCUUCCUGUGCGCCUUCCUCUGGUCUUUUGGCUGGGUCCUCAGGCCAUCUUGGUCGGUGAAGGUUUUGGACCUGGAAAGGGACACCGUGAAGGAGCUCAUUCAGACACAGCUCGGUCCCUUCGUCGUCCCAGCAGAGGUUCAUGUCGAAGAUGAAGACUUCGACUUCGAACAGGAGGAGUAUUUUGACAGGUGGAACAGCUUGCCCGAAGGAGAGAUGGACCUGUCGGAACAGGAGCAAGAUGUCACUGUCAAUGUGGACACGACAUUUGCUAUCCUGUUUGUGCCUCCAUGCUAUCACCUGCUGAUGAGGUUUGCCAUCUCGUCAAAUUCUACCGUCGUGCGAAUAUUGACAGAUCGCUUCCAGCUGCUCUCCUACAUGGAUGCCUUCUUCUUGUCUUGGAGUCGGGAUGCUGCAAUGCUCGCCGACCUAAGCCAGGAUGUGGACGUGCGCCAAAAAAGCGCUUCAGCGUGGGCCGUGUCUGUAUGUGUGUUCACGGAAUCGUGGAAGGUGCUUGCAGGCGUUGUUUGCUUGCGGCCGUCAUCCGUGUUCAAGCUCACAAGUCUCAAAUGUCCCUAA